GUGAGCACCGCCCCAGGCCCUCCCCACCAGCCUCCUAGACCGCCAGGCCUCCCAAGCGCCCCCCCGCACCCCAGGGUGCCCCCUCCCCUCGAUCGGGCCAGGCCUAGCUCCAUCUCUUCCUUCUGAGUGAAGAAGGCGGCGGCGGCCUCUGGAGGGUCUCGGGCCCCGGAGCGCAGUGCCUGCCCUCCCCCGCCCCUGGCCGGGCCCGGCCCCCCUUACACCCACCUCCCACCGCCCAGUCCCGAGGCGGCGAUGAGACAGAGCGGCGCCUCCCAGCCCCUGCUGCUGAACAUGUACCUGCCAGAUCCGGUUGGGGAGAGUCUUUUCAAAGAAGGCAAGAGUGGCUGGGGGCCACUGAGCCCCGCAGUGCAGAAAGGCAGCGGCCAGAUCCAGCUGUGGCAGUUCCUACUAGAGCUGCUGGCGGACCGGGCGAAUGCAGGCUGUAUCGCAUGGGAGGGCGGCCAUGGCGAGUUCAAGCUGACUGAUCCCGACGAGGUAGCAAGGCGCUGGGGCGAGCGCAAGAGCAAGCCCAAUAUGAAUUACGACAAGCUGAGCCGGGCGCUGCGCUACUACUAUGACAAGAACAUCAUGAGCAAAGUUCACGGAAAGCGCUAUGCUUACCGCUUCGACUUCCAGGGCCUGGCCCAAGCCUGUCAGCCCCCGCCCGCCCACGCCCACGCCCACGCCGCCGCAGCAGCAGCAGCCGCCGCCGCCGCGGCCCACGACGGCGCUCUCUACAAGCUGCCCGCAGCCCUGGCCCCUCUGCCUUUCCCUGGCCUCUCUAAACUCAAUCUCGUGGCGGCCUCCGCCGGGGUGGCCCCUGCCAGCUUCUCCUAUUGGCCCGGCCCGGCUCCUGCCGCCGCGGCCACGGCCGCAGCGGCUGCCGCCGCUCUCUAUCCAAACCCAGGUCUGCAGCCUCCCCCUGGGCCCUUCGGGGCUGUGGCCACCACCUCGCACCUCGGAGGGGUGGGGGGACACUAUCACUGAGCAGGCCCUCUGACCGCCUCUAGCCUUGGCUAGCGACCCCUCAGCCCUCCGAGGUUAGAGUCUUCUCAAUGGGUCUCCAGUUCCGGCUCUUUCUCCUGACCAUUCUGAGGACUUCCAGGAGCCACCCCUGAUCCUCCCCUUUCUCUUUCCAUUCCUGAAGCUCUGGGGAGCCAGCUCCUUUCCACCUUUUCUCAUCACCACCUGACUUAAACCGCCUAACCAGUGCGUUCCCUAACCCUCUAGUGGUCUCGUCUCCCGUUGGGGAUGGCAGCCCCGACUCACUUGGAGGGAUCCCAAUACCGCCUUGUCUCCUGGUCCGCUCCCCACUGAAAGUAGUCAGGGGAAGUGGAAGGGAGGGGAGCUGCGGCUCAGAGCCGGGCUUCCUUGGCCGCUCAGUUCCUCUUGUAAGUAGUAGUUCCACCCUUUCCACUUUCCCUUCUGGUCCUGGUCUGCACACGUGUUUCUAUUUUCCUUCAAGCCUCUAUUAAAAUGUCUAAUCUGUC